CGGUGCUGACUGGCCAGUUCAGACUGAUAGCCCAGGGCAUCCUCUCCCGGGGUGACAAUCGGAGGCUUGCCAGUGUCUCUGUGCAGGAGAGGUCUGAAAAAGGAUCCGGCCUGGCCCGCGGGCCACCAGUUUGUGACCGCCCUGGGUCCAGGGAGGAGAUGGGGACCUUUCCAGUUUGGGUUAAACUCAGCCUCAUGCCUAGCGUGAGCAGGCACUGGGUUCGGUCCUCAAAGGAGAUCCUGCUUUCUCAUGGCCAGGUUCCACUUAUUUUCCUCCUCCUCCUCAUCCAGAAGGAGCUGAGCCUGCCACGCCGGGGACGUGGUCUGUCUCCGAGCAGCCAGAGCCCGUCCCUGCUGGGUCCCAGCAGCCCCUGCAGCCCCUGUAGCCCCUCCUUGGGCCUCCACCCCUGGAGCUGCCGCAGCGGGAACCGAAAGAGCUUGGUGGUAGGAACGCCCUCCCCGACCCUCUCCCGGCCCCUGUCGCCACUGUCAGUCCCAACGGCAGGCAGCAGCCCCUUGGAUAGCCCUCGGAACUUCUCGGCUGCCUCUGCCCUCAACUUCCCCUUUGCCCGGAGCCACGUCCCACGCACGGACAGGGCAGACGGCAGAAGAUGGUCCCUCGCGUCCCUCCCAUCUUCCGGCUAUGGAACCAACACACCCAGCUCCACCCUCUCGUCAAGCUCAUCCUCCCGGGAACGUCUCCACCAGCUUCCCUUCCAGCCGACGCCGGACGAGCUGCAUUUCCUGUCCAAGCACUUCCGCAGCUCAGAGAAUGUACUUGAUGAGGAAGGCGGCCGGUCACCCCGCCUCCGCCCCCGCUCCCGAAGUCUUAGCCCGGGCCGCGCGACGGGGACCUUCGACAAUGAGAUCGUCAUGAUGAAUCACGUGUACCGGGAGAGGUUCCCCAAGGCCACAGCACAGAUGGAGGGCCGUCUGCAGGAGUUCCUGACGGCCUACGCGCCUGGCGCCCGGCUGGCACUGGCUGAUGGCGUCUUGGGCUUCAUCCACCACCAGAUUGUCGAGCUGGCCCGAGACUGCCUGGCCAAGUCUGGUGAAAACCUCGUCACCUCCCGAUACUUCCUAGAGAUGCAGGACAAGCUGGAGCGGCUUCUGCAGGAUGCCCACGAGCGCUCAGACAGUGAGGAGGUCAGUUUCAUCGUCCAGCUUGUCCGGAAACUGCUGAUUAUCAUCUCACGGCCGGCUCGGCUGCUGGAGUGUCUGGAGUUUGACCCCGAGGAGUUUUACCACCUACUGGAGGCGGCCGAGGGCCAUGCGCGGGAGGGCCAAGGCAUUAAGACCGACCUUCCACAGUACAUCAUUGGGCAACUGGGCCUGGCCAAGGACCCCCUGGAGGAGAUGGUACCACUGAGUCACCUCGAAGAAGAACAGCCCCCAGCGCCCGAGUCCCCGGAGAGCCGCACCCUGGUCGGCCAGUCACGGAGGAAGCCAUGCGAGAGCGACUUUGAGACCAUCAAACUUAUUAGCAACGGAGCCUAUGGGGCUGUGUACUUGGUGCGGCACCGUGACACCCGGCAGCGCUUUGCAAUCAAGAAGAUCAACAAACAGAACUUGAUGCUGCGUAACCAGAUCCAGCAGGUCUUUGUGGAGCGUGACAUCCUCACCUUUGCCGAGAACCCCUUUGUGGUCAGCAUGUUCUGCUCCUUUGAGACCCGGCGCCACCUGUGUAUGGUCAUGGAAUACGUGGAAGGCGGUGACUGCGCCACGCUCUUGAAGAACAUGGGCCCGCUGCCCGUGGACAUGGCCCGCAUGUACUUCGCCGAGACCGUGUUGGCGCUCGAGUACCUGCACAACUACGGCAUCGUGCACCGUGACCUCAAACCAGACAACCUGCUCAUCACCUCACUCGGCCACAUCAAGCUCACGGACUUCGGCCUGUCCAAGAUUGGCCUGAUGAGCAUGGCCACCAACCUCUACGAGGGCCACAUCGAGAAGGACGCCCGGGAGUUCAUCGACAAGCAGGUGUGCGGGACACCGGAGUACAUCGCUCCCGAGGUGAUUUUCCGCCAGGGCUACGGGAAGCCAGUGGACUGGUGGGCCAUGGGCGUCGUUCUCUAUGAGUUUCUGGUGGGCUGCGUGCCUUUCUUCGGAGACACCCCCGAGGAACUCUUCGGUCAGGUGGUCAGCGAUGAGAUCAUGUGGCCAGAUGGGGACGAGGCCCUUCCAGCUGACGCCCAGGACCUCAUCACCAGGUUGCUCCGGCAGAGCCCACUGGACCGUCUGGGCACUGGUGGCACCCACGAGGUGAAGCAGCACCCAUUUUUCCUGGGCCUGGACUGGGCAGGGCUUCUUCGACACAAAGCCGAGUUCGUGCCCCAGCUCGAAGCCGAGGAUGAUACCAGCUACUUUGAUACACGCUCGGAACGCUACCGCCACCUCGGCUCCGAGGACGACGAGACCAACGAUGAAGAAUCGUCCACAGAGAUCCCCCAGUUCUCCUCCUGCUCCCACCGGUUCAGCAAGGUCUACAGCAGCUCUGAGUUCCUGGCCGUCCAGCCCACUCCUACCUUUGCUGAAAGGAGCUUCAGUGAAGACCGGGAGGAAGGGUGGGAGCGAAGCGAGGUGGACUAUGGCCGCCGGCUGAGUGCUGACAUCCGGCUGAGGUCCUGUACAUCCUCUGGAUCCUCCUGUCAGUCAUCUUCGUCCCAGCCCGAGCGGGGUCCCAGCCCCUCUCUCCUGAAUACCAUCAGCCUGGACACGAUGCCCAAGUUUGCCUUCUCAUCAGAAGAUGAAGGGGCAGGCCCAGGCCCUGCAGGCCCCAAGAGGCCCGUCUUCAUUCUAGGGGAGCCUGACCCACCCCCAGCAGCCACCCCAGUGAUGCCCAAACCCUCAAGCCUUUCUGCCGACACAGCUGCCCUCAGCCAUGCCCGCCUACGGAGCAACAGCAUCGGCGCCCGACACUCCACGCCAAGGCCUCUGGAUGCCGGCCGGGGCCGCCGCCUUGGGGGCCCGAGAGACCCAGCCCCUGAGAAGUCCAGAGCCUCCUCCGGCGGCGGCAGUGGCGGGGGCCGUGUGCCCAAGUCGGCCUCUGUCUCUGCCCUGUCCCUCAUCAUCACGGCAGAUGACGGCAGUGGUGGCCCCCUCAUGAGCCCCCUGUCCCCACGCUCUCUGUCCUCAAACCCGUCGUCCCGUGACUCGUCGCCGAGCCGAGACCCGUCCCCCGUGUGUGGCAGCCUCCGGCCCCCCAUCGUCAUCCACAGCUCCGGCAAGAAGUACGGCUUCAGCCUGCGGGCCAUCCGCGUCUACAUGGGCGACAGUGACGUCUACACUGUGCACCACGUGGUCUGGAGUGUGGAGGAUGGAAGCCCCGCCCAGGAGGCGGGCCUGCGAGCCGGGGACCUCAUCACCCACAUCAAUGGGGAGUCGGUGCUGGGGCUGGUGCACAUGGACGUCGUGGAGCUGCUGCUGAAGAGUGGCAACAAGAUAUCCCUGCGGACCACUGCCCUAGAGAACACGUCCAUCAAGGUGGGCCCCGCCCGGAAGAACGUGGCCAAGGGCCGCAUGGCGCGCAGGAGCAAGCGGAGCCGGCGGCGGGAGACCCAGGACCGGUGCGCGGCGGUGGCCACCAGGGAGCGGCGGAAGUCGCUCUUCAAGAAGAUCUCCAAGCAGACGUCCGUGCUGCACACCAGCCGCAGCUUUUCCUCUGGACUCCACCACUCGCUGUCAUCGAGCGAGAGCCUCCCCGGCUCGCCCACCCACAGCCUCUCCCCGAGCCCCACCACUCCCUGCCGCAGUCCAGCCCCUGAUGUCCCAGCAGACACCACCGCGUCCCCACCCAGCGUCUCCCCAAGCUCCAGCAGCCCUGCCUCCCCAGCUGCUGCUGGCCACACCCGCCCCAGCUCCCUGCACGGCCUGGCUGCCAAGCUGGGGCCGCCCCGCCCCAAGACUGGCCGCCGCAAGUCCACCAGCAGCAUCCCACCCUCCCCGCUGGCCUGCCCGCCCAUCUCCGCGCCCCCGCCGCGCUCGCCCUCGCCCCUACCAGGGCACCCGCCCGCGCCUGCCCGAUCCCCGCGGCUGCGCCGGGGCCAGUCGGCUGACAAGCUGGGCACAGGUGAGCGGCUGGAUGGGGAGGGGCGGCGCAGCCGCGGGCCGGAGGCCGAGCUCGUGGUCAUGCGGCGACUGCACCUGUCCGAGCGCCGGGACUCCUUCAAGAAGCAGGAGGCCGUGCAGGAGGUUAGCUUUGAUGAGCCGCAGGAGGAGGCCACUGCGCUGCCCGCCUCGGUGCCACAGAUUGCCGUGGAGGGCGAGGAGGCCAUGCCUCCUGGGAGAGACUGACCCCCCUGCCUGGUCUCUCCCUGGCCUCAAAGUCACGCAUUUUUUUGUGCAAUGUUUUUCCCAUAAAGCCAUGCCUGGAUGGAGCCUGAGCCACCAGUCUGACACCCGGAAGGCGAGAAGCCGUCUCGGUCCUUGCUGGAAGGUGGAGACAUGGCUUCCCUUGUGUUCUGGUGUCAAUCGGGGCCGGACAGGGCAGGAAUGGGGGACACGGGUGGCUUUGUAAAUAGCGACAAAUCCUGCAACUAAUUUAUUACUUUUUUUUUUUUUUUGAGACUUAGUCUCACUCUGUCACCCAGGCUGGAGUGCGGUGGCCUGAUCUCAGCUCACUGCAACCUCCACCUCCCAGGUUCAAGAGAUUCUCCUGCCUCAGUCUCCUGAGUAGCUGAGAUUACAGGCACGUGCCACCACGCCCAGCUAAUUUUUUUGUAUUUUUAGUAGAGGCGGGGUUUCACCAUGUUGGCCAGGCUGCUCUCGAACUCCUGACCUCGUGAUUCGCCUGCCUCAGCCUCCAAAAGUGCUGGGAUUACAGGUGUGAGCCACCACGCCUGGCCUAAUUUAUUAGUUUUUAUAAGCGAUAGCGGACUGAGCCACCCCUUGAAGGCGGCUACCAGGUCUUGCCCCAGGUACCUGGGACCCUGUUUGCAGGUCCUGCCCGCUGGGCUGAGAAGGAAGCACUUUGGACAAAUCAUCUGCGUUUGUGUUUUCUAGUUUUUCUGUAGUUUUUAAGUGUUUUGUGUUACCUAGUCUCACUCCCCUCCCAAGACCCACCCAUUUGAGGGAAUGGAGCUGAGCUCACCUGUACAGGCCCAGUUUGGAUACCACCUGGAGUCCGUAAACGAUUCCCCUCACCCACAAAACAGUGUAAUCCCAAUGAUGGACUGGACUCUGAAGGCCACCUCCCACCAUCCCUGCUAUAGAGUCUGCCUCUAAUCCUACUAGCUUCAGCCUGGAGAAGGGAUGUGGGAGCUGGGGCUUUGAUGGAUGAAUAGGUGUUCACCGGAACUGCGCAGAGGGGUCAUCCGCUCCCCAGGUGCACACUGAUGCAGGAAGGUGCAGGCCUCACCUGGCACUGCCAAGGCAGCCUCCAGAAAUGCUCGGCAUCCCGGGGCACCUUCUAUUCCGCCAGUCCCGCAGGACUACGUUCGGCCAGUUCCGGAAACACUCAGCGUCCCCUCCCCUUGGGCUCCGCCUCGGCCUCGCCUUGUCCCGUCUGUCCUGGACAAGAUGCCGUGUGUUUGAGGCCCGGGAGAGCAAGCCCUUGACCGUGAUGUGUCUGAAACACCCGCUAGGGGUUCCCUCCCUGUGUCAGAGCCUCUCUGGGAUGAAGCUCAAGCCAGAAAACCCAGUCGAGGCUCAAGUUUGAAUUUCAGCUUCACUGUGUGGCUCUGGGAAAAUGGCUUUCCCACUCUGUGCCUCAGUUUCCUUGUGUUUACAAGACUAAUCCCAUUGACUGUUCAUUACGCACCUACUGUGUGCCAAGCGCUUUUACUCGUGGCUUCUCCCUCAGCCAGCCUUAAGAAGGCUGGAGGUGGCGUCAUCACCUCCGUUUUACAGACAAAGCAGCUGAGACCCCAGCGAGGGGCAGAGACCUGUCCCUCGAUCACCCGGCAGAAGUCGUGGCAGAACAGAGCAUAUCAGCCAGACCCCGUUGUGGGCAUUGUCAUCAAGGGAGCUUGAAUGGAGGGUCUGGUGUCAGAUGCAGCCGACUCCAGCCCUGGAUCAUCCCCCAUGGUGGGAUGUGACCCACUGGGCACUCUGGUGAGGGAGCUUUCCAGACACCAACAGCCCACUCUGCGUCCCUUUCUGAGUCCCCUGCGCAGCACUCCCUAGUGUUGGAGGGUAGACCAAGGCUGUGCAUGAUUCGCCCCCUCCUUCCAUCCUGGAGCUGGCAGUGAAUAAAAGCCCGUAUUUACAAA